AUGCCGGUUGAGGAAUCCCAUUCACGUGUUGUGGAUAAUCUUGGUCUAGACUUAAAUCCAUAUAAUAUUGUUCAAGGUAAAUCGUUUACACGAUCUGUAUCAAUCAGUGAGCCUACUUCAUCGGGUAUAUCAACUUCACCUGGAUCUAAUACAAUCUCUCAUAGUGCUAUAACCGGCUCUUGUUUACCGUCUGUACGAUCUGCUAGUGGUGAAGGUGGCAGUACCUCAUCAGUUAUCUCAUAUUCACCAUUCUCAUCAGCUGCAACCGCCAUCACACCUGAAAGUCCACUUCCAGAUCCUAGUUGUUUCCAAUCGAAUCCAUUAUCAUCUCUGUUAAUAAUCAAUAAUCUUGAAGAGAAAGAGAAGGAGACACCUGCAGAAGCAGUCACAUCUAUCCAGGAGUCUAUGAGCAUGUCGUCUACACAUAAUGAAGGUAUCCCAGUUCACAAUGAUAAUACAUCUAUUAAACCAUCAGAGUGUUUGACUAUUUCGCAUGAAUCAAUUCAUGACGAGUAUAAUGAUGAUAGUCAAAGUAUAUCCGUUCAACAGAAUUUCGAUCAUGAUACACAAAACUAUGCUAUACUCCUUCAAAAUCCAUAUAUUUUAAGAACAGUCAAUUUUCUUUCACAUUUACUUGAUUCUCGUUUAUCACCUGAUUGGCGUCUACCUUUGGAAUAUUGGCAAAGGAAUUGUCUCCGAUUGAAUUGUUAUCCCUCUAGUAUUAGUCAACCUCAACAUCAGUCUACUACUACUACUACUACUGAUGUCGCACAGAGUAAUAAUGAUGAAAUAGAUGUUACAGACUUUACCCCAUUACAGCAUUACACAAUAGCUGGGAUGAGUUCACUCCAAUCCCCAUCUGAUCAAGAAGAAUGCUCAGUGAAACGUUUCAAACCGAAUAAUUCACAACCUCUCAAAAAAGGUGAAGUUCAAACCAAAAGCGAUGAAUCGUCUAAUAUCUUGACCUUUGCUAGAACAACAACAAAAACAGUAGCAACAUCUUCUUCUGGGAAUCAUCGAUCAAAAUCAUUAUCAUCAAAAAUCCCGUCAACAUUUAUUACUGCACGAUUGAUUUUAUGCAGUAGAAAUUUAGCUGAUCACUUUGAAUCACGAUAUCAUGAUAAAUUAGGCAAUCUGUUAGACGAUGUAGCUCGUCUUAACAACACUAGUAACAGUACAGUUAAUGAUGAUAAUGAUGAGACAGGAAGUUAUCAUGAACAUGGAAGUACACUGUCAAAAGACGAUAUUCCCAGUGGUAGUAAGAGAGCACGAUGUCAAUUUCAUAGUGUUCUUGAAGAAUUAUUCGCUGAACGUAUAAAUUGGGGUCGUAUUAUUGCAAUGUUGGCAUUUCUACGUGCACUAUGUGAAGUUAUUGAAGAGAAUCGACGAGUUACAUCAUCUUUACAAUUGUCUAAAGAGGAUAUAUCAAAGACAACGGUUAGUACAUCUACUGCAUCCUGUGAACGACUUUCAUCGCAUACUCCUAUUGAUUCAUCAAAUUGUGAUAUACAAGCACUUCCUUCAAAUCCAUCUCCUUCAUGCAGUUAUGAAAAUCCUGUAACUAGUAGUCAUGAAUCACCUAAAAAAGAACUUCACUUACGACCUUGUGCAGCUGACUAUGUCUUAUGGACAGCUGAAUUUAUACAUGGACCUCGUGAACUCUGGAAUUGGAUUUCAUCACAUGGAAACUGGGAAGGUCUUAUCGACUUUGAAUCACAACGUAAUCAAUGUAGUCAGUUGUCGAAUAAUGAUGAUGAUGAUAGCGGUGGCAGUCUAAUUGGUCUUGUGACUGGAUUCACAGAUGAUGAGACAUUACGCUCACUUCGUAGUGCUUUGACUGGUGUAGCAACCAUAGCUAAUCCACCUUGCUAUGACGAGUGCCAACAAGCGUUUUACUUAGUGAUUAACGUCGAUCAAAGUGGACCACAAGGAUUAACCGCUUAUCCGAUUGAAUGGUUCACCAAUUCCUGUUUACACAGACACCUCAUUUAUUGUCAUCAAAGAGCUACAAUAUUGUCAUUAAUAUUAUGUAAUCAUGUAACACAGUGCCAAAAAACAGAAGAAAGAGAUACAAGUAAAACUUGUACUCUCAGUUCUUGA